AUGAGUCUUGCUUACCAUCAACCCAUUCUCGCCACGACCUCUCAUCCCUGCGGCCAGUUCUGGCACCAACCCAACACCGUGGAUAUCUCUCUGCUCCUCAAGUCAAAGGACGACGACUCGACUGCCGGAGAAAAGCCAGCUUCGCCUCGGCAAGGCUUCGGCGCACCGACACGGUCAAAUCCCUCAAGGACCUCAACGUCCACAACAACUUCGAGUGCUAUCCCUGCCAAACGUCCGGCCGAUCGCAGCAGCACGCUCAUCUCUGAGUCGCCAGCAAAGAAGCAGUCAAAAUGGUCUCCAGACGAAGACGCCAAAAUCAUCCAGCUGCGAGGUGAAGGGAUGAAGUGGGAGGACAUCAGCAAACAUUUGCCUGGUCGUAGUGCCAUUUCCUGUCGACUACAUUAUCAGAACUAUCUCGAGCGACGGAGUGAGUGGGAUGAAGACCGUAAGAAUAAGCUCGCGAGGUUGUACGAAAGAUUCAAAGCUGACAUGUGGGCCAAGAUUGCCGCAGAAAUGGAAAUUCCAUGGCGGGCAGCAGAAGCCAUGCACUGGCAGAUGGGUGAACAUGAGAUGGCUCGACGAGCAGGUGUAACACCUUUCACUUUAACCACCGGAAGUACCAAUCACACGUCGAUGUCCAGGGUGAACAGCCGUUCCGGCCCAACCUCAAGACCGAGCAUCGAACCUGGUCCUCGGCCUGGCGCUCCACAGCUUCCAUCACUUUCGGAGUUGACGGCAGGACUACCAGCAUAUUCGCAGUCAGUAUCAAGUUACCCGUACUCCGAACCAGCCAGAACACCAGGGACGCCCUAUUCAUCCACGACGCUACCAUAUCCACGGCAAUCACUGACACCACCUCCUGGUAAUCUCCAACAAUCAGACUAUUUCUUACGAAGACCAUGA